CACUCAAGGUUUCUACAAGUUGAAGCAACGCUCCAAGCUCUGCAGAAGUUACAUUCUGAAUCUCAAGAGGACCAAAGAGCCUUGGCAUUGGAACUGAAGAACGGGCUCCAAAUGUUGAAUGACCUGGAGAUGCGCCAACAUGGCAUGGAAGACAAACUGCAACGAGUUAAAGAAGAAAACAUGAAUAUCUCUGAACUCAACCUUUCAAGCAACAUAUCACAGAAGAAUCUUGAUGCACUUUGGUGAUGGAAAGUCCACUCCUUGUCUUGAUGUGCUCCCAAGACAGGAGAAGGGUUGCUCUGAUCUCAACACCUUAGCCUUCAUCCACCGCAUGAUCCUUGCCGAGAAACCCAAUCUCAUCGUUUUCACUGGGGAUAAUAUAUUCGGAUUUGAUGCCACUGAUGCUGCUAAGUCUCUAAAUGCUGUGUUUGCCCCUGCAAUAGCAUCCAACAUCCCAUUCUCAAAGUGCCUCUUCACUCCAGCCAUCACACAUUCUCUAUUGGAGUCUCUGAAAUGGAUUGGCUUUUUUCUAUGCUCCCAAACAACACAAUCUCUCUCCUUCUCUCCUUCGUUACUUUACUCCAUUGGAUGAUUUUGCUGAGGCCAGGGAAUUG